AUAAAUAUUGGAUGUUGUUUAAUGCUUAAAGUGAGACCAUGAACAUAGACCUGCUCAUUGGUUGAAGACCAGACGCAGUGCUACGUUGUGGCUGUGUGCAGAAGCCUAGUCAUGCUGGCUGAAUGCUGGCCAGAAGAGCACUGCUGUUGUCCAGCCUUCAAAUGAGAUAAGGACCGGAUUUUUCUGUUGUUAAGCGCAAACCUGCAUGACCAGGUUAAUAGCUACUUGCUCUUGCUCUAAAUUUUGAGAGAACUUGAUCCAUCCUCUUCAUCAUGCUGCUGCUUCUUCAUGUGCUGAUGCUGUCGCUUCUCUCCGGUGGUUCAGCCAAAGUUGUGCAGAAUUUUGAGAGUGGCUGUGGUCAAUUUUUUGCAAAUGGAAGAUCACCAACAAUAUUUCCUGAUCCACAAUACAGGCAGAUCUGCCAAACUCUAAAUAAUGAUGUUUAUUAUGCCACAUUCUAUGACACUGACAACAAGAUCCCCGUGUACUCAGCCUACAAGUUUGAAGGGCUAAAGGACUGCACAAGACUAGACAAGUGGUACAUUGAACCUCAACUUGACGACAAUAAUGCAUCACCAAACAUGAAAUUCGAGAAGAUACAAGGACUUGGAGGCCGUCAAGCUCUCAAUGGAGACUAUGAGAAUUCUCGUUACGACAAAGGUCAUCUGGCACCAGUCUACCAGGCACAGUCACAGAGCUGUGCUUAUGCCACCUUCACUCUCACUAAUGCUGCUCCACAAAACCCCUCUUUUAACCGAGGUCAGUGGAGGGUACUAGAAAAAAAAAUUGCAGAAGAACUGUCCGAUCAAUGUCUACCGAAGAAGUAUUCUGUUUACAUUGUGACAGGGGUGGUACCAGGUACUGAUAACAUAAACAAUAGAGUGAAAGUGCCUAGUCAUUUCUGGACUGUGUACUGCUGCUUGGACAACAAUAACAAAUGUCAGAUCUCAAGCGGGUUUAUUGGAGAGAACAAGAAAGAUACUCCCAAAAACAAAACUGUGAAGGAUUUAGAGACAGAGUUGGCAAAGCUUUAUAAUGUUGAUUCAUUUGAGUUGUUUGAUAACUCUACAAAACUCCCAUCGAAGAAACAAAGUGAAUCAGAAAAUGAAAAUAAGCUAUUUCAAAAUAAAGCACCAAUUGAUGAUAAUAAUGGAGGACCAAACAUGGCAUCUGAGGGGUCUGUGGAUAUUCAAGUACGUGGAGACCGUCAAGCUCUUAAUAGAGACUAUUACCACUCUAAAUACCACAAAGGUCAUCUGGCACCAGUCUACCUGGCAAACUCACAGAGCUGUGCUUAUGCCACAUUCACUCUCACCAAUGCUGCUCCACAAGCUGAUAAUUUUAACAGUGUUUUAUGGUGGAAU